AUGGAGAACUUUAAGGAAAAAGUGAUCAUCAGUUUAGAUUUUGACAGAAGAAUAUUUGAUCUUGCAAAGAUGUUGUGUGGGAGAAGCUUUCUGAGCAGAGAAAAUAGAAUGAGCACAGAAGUGGCAAAGGAGGUGAAGGCAAAGCAAGAAUCAGAACUGAAACUCAAAUCAUUUGCUCCUCCAUAUGCUCUUCAAUCAGAAUUAUAUUUGCUUCCUAUAAUGGAUCAUUUAGGAAAUAUUUAUUCAGCAUCAUCAGCAGUUUCUUUAGAUGUGCAGCAGACUAAUAAUGGUGUUGCUGAGGCUGACGGAAUAAUACACAGACCACUUAGUGUAACUUUGUCAAAGGAAGAACCUGGAACAGAUCCCAGUUGUUUAGAAAACACUUUGAAAAAGCUUCUUAACAAGAAUCAGGAAGAAGCUGGGGGAAAAGCCACUCCAAAUGAACAUCAGACUGGAAAUAAUCAAAUUGGAAAUUCUGAAUUGCCAGGAUCACAGGAAGAUUCAGAUAAUGAUUAUUUUAGCGGCAGAAAAAGUCAGUUUCUUUGGAAAAAUGAAGAUGAUAGAACUAAUAUCAUUAGAAGAGAGGACAAUCAGCUAGCUAAAAGAGAGUGCAUUAGCCUACCAGACCUUAUUGAUUUUCCUUCAGUUCCUUGUCAACCUGCUCUUUCUCCAGGAAUAACUGAUAUAUCAUUAUUACAGAUUGAGAGUAAAAUAUUAUCGAAAAAAAUGAAACAAGUAAAGGAAGAAAGAAGAUAUCUGGAAAGAAUUAAAGAAGAACUAAUAAAAAAAGUUGAAAGGCUAUUGGAACAAGGCAAAUUAAAGCAAUAUCAUGCCUAUGAUGUUUGGAAGAAAAAGUACUUUGAAACAAAGAAAGUUACAGCAUCAUUGGAGGAGAUUUUAACAAAACUUCGAGAAGAUUUGGAACUUUACUAUAAAAAAUUGCUCAUUCAGCUUGAAGCCAGGGUGAUCAAGAUGAGACCAAAGAAUCUGGCAACCAUCACAGACUCUAAGAAUUACCUUAUUAUUCAGAUCACUGAAGUACAGCAUGCUAUUGACCAACUUAGAAAAUUGGAUACUGACAAAAUGAAACAGAUAACAGAAAUUACGAUGAGAAAACAAGCAGUUUCAGAAUUACGCACAUUGAAAGCUGAACUGGCACAGAAGAAUUUAUUACAUCUUUUCAAUCUCAAUAAGGUUUCAGAUGUGUAA